AUGCGAUGCAAAGCUUCAAGUGAAUCCCUAGAAGCGAUCCAAUCCUUCUUCAUAUCAAAUUCCAUCAUUCAUAAUAGUAAUGAAAUUAAUCACCAACAACAUGAAUCAAAAAGUAACAAACAAAAGGAACAAGAUUCAAAUUCUUCAUUGUUUGGAAACUUUUCCUUGAUCGGAAGGGAUGUAUGGCAAGAGGUGAUUAUGAAAUUUAUUAAUCCGAUAGAAUUGAUGCAUAUGAGAAGAGUUUCAAGUGAAUUUAAUUUUUGGAUUGAAUGUUUGGAUGAUGAAUUGUAUUGGAAAGAGUGCCAGAUGAAGAAUAUGAGAGGAAUGAUCAAGGGAAUGAUCAUUGAUCCGAUAUCGGAAAAGUAUUUUCUCAGAUAUUGGAAAAUAUUGAUGGAAAAAACACGGAAUAAUACUGAUGAAAAGUUUUCCUAUAGAAAAAUUACCUUAGAUAUUUGCAAAGAUUUACAAAUGGAAAGGAGGAUUAAUGUAAAUUAUAGAAUUUAUUUGAAUAAGGGAUUAAUUGAUGAGAAACAUUUGAAAAUUCCACAAAAGGAUGAGUCAAUUUAG